GUCGGCGAGAAUUACGCUGUAAAAAAUAAAAUAAAAUAAACAUGUAAUGAAAGAAAAAAAAAGAACAUGAGGAAUAAUCAUACGAGGCGAAGCGCACCGGAGGAACCAUAAGUCGAUAAACCCAAAGCUUAGAUGAACGGUGAGUUGACUUCUUUCCGAUUUUGACCCAAUCAUCUAUCGCCACGUCAUAGGGUACUGCGUCCUCUGCAAUCCAUACCCUGAACCGGCACCUUCUCUGUCUCUCCCCCAAAUCGAAAACCUAAUUCGAUCGUCGUCUCCGACCUACAUCUGCCGGAAAAUAUCUUUUGACCAGUAAGAUUGUUUUAUUCCUUACACCAUUAUUUCGGGUUUUUAAUUUUCGAUUUUGGAUUGAUCGAUUAAGCCACUUAGACUAGUCCCUGCGAAAGAAUGAGACUGAGAAGUUGGACAUCUCGAUACUUUUGGAAACCCCGAUUUGUUGAUGACUCUUGAAUCUAUGGGACGGUGAAUCCCAAAGAAUGGUUCCAUUUUAAGUUUGUUUUGUAUUGUUGGUGGAGGCUGGAUGAUUUUGAGAGCACUUGUACUUGAGCUUUGUUCUCAUAUCUUGAAUUAGACAGUGGAAUAGAAAAGAUGACAACUUUGUAUUAGUAAGAUGAUGAACACUUGUAGCUCUUCUUGCUAGAUAUUUGAUUAGUGGAAUUGCUGUUUUCCCUUUUUUUGAGUUGCAGUGGAUUUCAGGAUUGAUAAUGGAGUAGCUGCUGGGAUGAUGAUGGGGAUUCCUGUUGAGCUUGAGGUUACCACGGUUGAGAAUCAUAAUGAAAUGGGUGAAAGCUCUGGUCAAGCAAUGAUUGAGCAAGAUGAUGACAACCAUAAUGAACUCGGUGAAAAUUCUGGUGAGCAAGAUGAGAAGGUGGAUCUUGAUUCUAUUCCUCUGGCUGUUGCAGAUAUGACAGAGGCUCAAGGAGAUGAGCCUUACGUUGGCCAGGAGUUCGAAUCUGAAGCAGCGGCUCAUGGUUUUUAUAAUGCGUAUGCUACUAAAGUAGGGUUCGUCAUCCGUGUUAGUAAACUGUCACGGUCAAGGCAUGAUGGAUCUCCCAUAGGCAGGCAACUUGUUUGUAACAAGGAAGGUUACAGGUUGCCUAGCAAGCGGGAUAAGGUUAUUAGACAAAGAGCGGAAACAAGGGUUGGAUGUAAAGCAAUGAUCUUGAUUAGAAAAGAGAACUCUGGUAAAUGGGUUAUCACAAAGUUUGUCAAGGAGCACAAUCACUCUUUGAUGCCUGGCAGAGUUCGAAGGGGUUGCAUUUAUGAUCAAUAUCCGAACGAACACGACAAAAUUCAGGAACUGAUGCAGCAGCUAGCAGCAGAGAAAAAGAGAGCGGCUACUUACAAAAGACAUCUGGAGAUGCUAUUUGAACAGAUCGAACAGCACAACGAAAGCCUUUCUAAGAGAAUCCAACACAUAGUAGACAAUGUGAGGAAUCUGGAACAGAGAGAUCAUCAACAGAACCACCAAGUAUAGUCUUUUGGUCUCUGGUUUUUCAGCACUUUGAUUUAGGAGAUAGAUCUUCUCUUCCCCCAUUUUCUCUCUUUAAUAAAGAUUUUUCUUGUCGAAAACAAAAGAGCUUCAAUUGCCUUAAAGAAAGUUUUGUUUAUUCUUCUUCUUCUUCUGUUCUGACAUUGGUUUCGUUCGGAUGAUGCAUAGCCAUAGGUUAGUGCACAUAAAGUGAAGGGUUUUUACUUUUUACGCUCUAAUUAAAUCGGCAUUCUCCUGAAGAUCUUUCUGCUGGUAAAAACUAGUAAGCUAUAUA